AUGCCUGCUGGAAGCGGAUUAGAACCCCUGGAAGGCGUGCUCGUGACGCGAUCCGCAGGACAAGGGGCAGAUCUGACGGAGACAGCAUUCUCACCCAUUACUGAUAGCAGUGGCGUCCUGGAAAUGAACACUGUCAAGGCACCAACAUCCUACCACCGUGAUGUACCCUUACAAGUCCUCGCCUCCCAUGUCGCUAAUGACAUGCCCGAUCUCGGCACUUCUAUGAAAUAUGAUCAGUUACAGAGUGAGAAGGCGCGACGACAGAUGCUCAUCGGUCCAGUGUCGCCGAUCAUAUGUUCGGGCAGCCACGAUAUUCCUUGGAAGUUUACUAUCUCCCGUCGCCUUCGUCUCUCGCGACAUGGUUACAGCUCCGUCAGUAUGCCCUAUCUCCGUGGUUAUGCUGCCCUUAUCGCCAUCGCGUCGCCCAGAGUCAUUUGGGCACUACUUCAUACCUCGUAG